CGAGCUGGGACCAGGAGCGCCGCUGCAGGCACGGGCCGUGGAGAGGGCGCUGCGCUCGGGCUGCCCAAUGCUUGGACUAUCUGCCGCCGCUACCCGUGCAAUAUGCUGGAGCCCCAGAACAGCUAAACGGAGUUGCCACACCGCUGCCUGGGCUGGAUCGCAGCACUGCCUUUCCUUAUGAAGAAGACACAAACUUGGAUUAUCACCUGCAUUUAUCUUCAACUGCUCCUAUUUAAUCCUCUCGUGAAGACUAAAGAGAUCUGCGGGAAUCCUGUGACUGAUAACGUAAAAGACAUCACAAAAUUGGUAGCAAAUCUUCCAAAAGAUUAUCUGAUAACCCUCGACUAUGUCACCGGGAUGGACGUUUUGCCUAGUCAUUGUUGGUUGCGCCAGACGGUAAUGCAGUUGUCAGUCAGCUUAACUAAUCUUCUGGACAAGUUUUCAAAUAUUUCUGAAGGUCUGAGUAAUUACUCUAUCAUAGACAAACUUGGGAAGAUAGUGGAUGACCUUGUGGAGUGCAUGGAAACCUCAUUUAAGAAUGUAAAAGAAUCAUCCAAAAGGCCCGUGCCAAGGAAUUUUACUCCUGAAGAGUUCUUUAGAAUUUUUAAUAGAUCCAUCGAUGCCUUCAAGGAUUUUACGGUGCCAUCUGAAACUAGCGAUUGUGUGCUUUCUUCAACACUAAGUCCCGAGAAAGAUUCCAGAGUCAGUGUCACAAAACCAUUUAUGUUACCCCCUGUUGCAGCCAGCUCCCUUAAGAAUGACAGCAGUAGCAGUAAUAGCAAAUUUGCAGAUUCCUCUGGAGACUCCAGCCUGCAGUGGGCAGCCAUGGCCUUGCCGGCGUUCUUCUCUCUUGUGAUUGGCUUUGCUUUCGGAGCGCUAUACUGGAAGAAGAAACAACCAAGUCUUACAAGAGCUGGUGAAAAUAUACAGAUUAAUGAAGAAGAUAAUGAGAUAAGUAUGCUGCAAGAAAAAGAGAGAGAGUUUCAAGAAGUGUAAUUGUGGCUUGUUUCAACACUGUUACCUUCAUGCAGUGGCUGGUAACAGUUCAUGUAUGCUUCAUAAAUGAAGCAGCUUUAAACCAACUCCUAUUCUGUCUGAAGUGACAGACUUCAUGUUUAUCCGUUCUUGCUACCCGUGACUUUCUAUGGAUGACUCAGAACUUGGAACAGAGUGUUUUACUGUGAAACUGGCACUGAAUCAAUCAUCUAUAAAGAAGAGCUUGUAUGGAGCAGGACUCUAUUUUAAGGACCAGAGGGUCUUGUGGUCUCAUUCAGAACUUGCAAGUGAUGAUGGCAGAGAAGGCAUGUGUCCCAGUUCGCACGCACCAUUCGCUUGGUUCCAGAGUUGGUCUAAGUGCUGAGCAAGCACACAGCUUUACUCUUCAGUUACAAUCUUCAGUCUGUAGUUAUAUAGUUAUCCCAGUCUCUGAAAGUAAGUUUCAGCCUGGUUAGUGGAGGGAAUGACUUUUUCUCAAAGGGAUCUAGAAAACAACAUGAAAAAACAAAAACUCAGUAGCGUCAGCCACUGUCCAGUGUGGAAAGCAGUUGGAAGGGCAGCAGGCAUGUCAGCCUGGUAGUUGCUGGUUGAUGAGAGGUGUCUGACUUUGAUCUCUCCCUGACAUAGACCAGGCACAUGCACAUCCCACUAGAGAAAUGGAUAUGGUUGGCUGGUGCUCUCUGUGUGGGGGAGUCAGUCCUGAAUUAGCACAGCGCUGCCUGGGCUUAGGAAAGCCUUUCCCAAGGAGUCAUCGCAGGAAGAAGCCGUGAAGCCUGACCGGCAGAACGUGCCUAGGAGGACCUUUGGCAUCCCCAGCAGUGUCAGCCUUUGGCCUUGGCUACUCUAGAGUGUAUAAAUUGUGUUUGCAAAUUAUAUUAUGACAUGUUUAUACUCUAAAACUAUUACAGAGUUAUGUAAGUGGAUGUGGGGAAAAUGCUGAAUGUAUGAUGGUCCCAUUUUCAAUUUCUACCAUGGGAGAGAGUAAAAGUAAAUUAUGAUACUUAGUAUGUAAGGUUAGAAAAUCACACCCCCAUGCUAAUAUGGGUGUUGAAAACUAGCUUACUUGUCUUUUACAAUAAUGCAAGGAAUCAGGAAACUUUAGUUAUUUAUAGUAUAAUCACCAUUAUCUGUUUAAAGGAACAAUUUAUUUAAAAUCAGGCACCCUAUAUCCAUUAGGGUUUAUGAAAUAAAAAUGAAAAGAAAGCUUUAUAUAAUUAUGCAUGUCAGUUUGCUAAUUAAAAUACUUGACAGCAUUCGUCAUGUUAAGAAUGAAUUUGACCAGAAUUCCCAAGAUGGACGUUGUGCUUUUAAAGUAAAAUUUUUAGGCCAUUAUGUUAAUUCCCCUUGUCAAUUUUUUAAUAGUGAAAAGGAUACCUUAAUAAAGUCAAAUAGCAAUUUUUCUAUAUUUUAUUGUGAUGAAAAUUCUUUUAACAUGUGAACAAAUACCUAAAAGAAUCUAAAGCCUCUCCAUCAAACUUAAUCUUUGUAAUAACGUCAUUGCCAUGGGUUAUAAACAUAAGAGCACCAUUUUUAAUAUUGUUCAACAAAGGGGCAUGGAAAAUCUAAACGCUAGCUUCUCUUUGAUUUUAAAUAUCAAGAAUUUCUCAUAUAGUUGGAUUUUAGCUUAUAUUCAGCACUAAUCCAGAUACAAUUUAUUGUGUGGCCUUUGCUCUUUGCUCUUUUUUAUGCCAAAGAGCUCAGAUGAUUUCUAUGGUUUUCUUCUUCUUCAAAGUGCUGUGCUUCCUCUAGUGUGGGUUAUUACUCUAAGAGUCAACACAAGUCCACUGGGAAGCUGUGUUAACUUUUCAGGCCCUCAGACAUCCCAUGGUACAACUGGUUAGUGAUAAAAUUAAGGAUCGGUUUAAUUGCUGAAAGGACUUAUUGAUGUGUGGUAUUGUUUUGAGGAAAAUAGGCAUAGGUUAACUUGACUUACAUGUGUAGGUGGUGUAUAGAUUGACAAGAUUGAUAGUCUCAGGCUAGUGGUUUGGUUUAUUUAUCCAGUGAUUUCAGUUUGUUUGGGUAUAUGGAAAUGCUGUCCUCAGAGCUUGAGAAUACAAGAAAUACACUUUUGUUCUUAAAGCUAGUAGUGUGGGUUUAACAUCAAGAAAAAUGGUCUUAAUAGAAUUAAGUAAACCAAUUUAGCAGGUUAGGAAAUCUGUCAUGGUAGGGAACGAGGGUUGUGUCCUGCCUAUUAAAUAUAUUGGUUCAUUGCAAGUUACAUGGAUUGGCAAUUUUAAAACACUACAAUUCAAUAAAAUGCAUGAAUAUUAGAGAAGUGCUGAACAUUAUUUUGGAUGCUGGCUGCUUGGACAUUUAACUGUGUCAUCUGCUUUGGAGAAGAAAAUAUGCAUAUAUCUUUGCCUGUUUGAUCCCAUAUGUUCUGAAAAUUCUUUUCCAUAAGUUAUGGAGAACUCACAACUGAGAUGAUAAACCACGAAAUAGCCUUUAAAAUUGGUGCCAUGUAUCUGACAGUUCUCUUUUGCAAUGUUUUAAAAUUGCCUUGUAAUUAGAAUGGCUUCAAAGUUUGUAGAUUGUAAAUUAUACUGAGAGCUUUGUACCUCUUUGGUCAAGACCAAGUCUAUAACAAAACUGGCUCUGUGAUAAGUUGGGCCUGCCCAGUAAUACUAAAUAUUCCUGGACAACAAAUGAUAGUGUAAUGUGCUCACCACACUGCCAUUUUUAAUGACUCAGAGGCAAAUUGAUUUUUUAAUACAAUUCUAGACUAACCUAUCCACUUAAUAAAGGAUUGCAUAUGUGAAAAAUGAAAAUAUGAGAAAGCAUGUGUUCAUGAUGAAGUAUUUGCUUUUAAUAAGAAUAAAACACAUUUUAAUUGGAGAAACUUUUUUGUACAUUUUAGCAGUUUCGCUCAAUUGAAAUUAUACAUGAACAGAAAACAAAUUCAUUUGGAAAUCAUGGCUAUUUUCCAAAGUGUGCCUACAGCUAGGUUCAGGUGUCAGCAUUUGACCCUCGUAGGGGACAUUUAGCCGUUCCAGGUCUGUUCUUUAAGAAACAGAAUUUUCAAAAAAACAGCUCGGCAUAGCAAGAAUGGGUGUCAGAAAAUUGUCACAAGCUCUACUCUGCUAUUGAGUAUGGUGGUAAAUCACCUCUCCUCUUAGAGUCUUGCUUUUUAUUUAUCCUUGUGACGAAUUUGGGGGUCGCUUCUUGGGGUGAGCCUUUUCUGCUAUGUGACUGGCAAUGUUUCUAAAAAUGCAGUAUAGUAGAAAUUGUCCAAGACAAAAUAUCCAACCCCAUUCUCUGUGAAUAAGCAUUUUGACCAUGAAAAUUUUUGUUUUUGUUUCUAAUGUAAAUAGAGUCCAUUAGUAA